CCUUGCUUUGCUAAGCACAGAUUCUUCCCUUGGGAAGUUUUACUGCUUCUACAAAAUGAUGACCAUUUCUUUGAUCUGGGGGAUUGCUGUGGUAGUGAGCUGUUGCAUAUGGUUUAUCGCUGGAAUAAGGAGAAGGAAAGUAGGUGAACCUCCUUUGGAGAAUGGGUUGAUUCCAUACCUGGGCUGUGCUCUAAAAUUUGGAUCCAAUCCUCUUGAGUUCCUAAGAGCAAAUCAAAGGAAGCAUGGACAUGUUUUUACCUGCAAACUGAUGGGGAGAUAUGUCCACUUCAUCACAAACUCCCUGUCAUACCACAAAGUCUUAUGCCAUGGAAAAUAUUUUGACUGGAAAAAAUUUCAUUACACUACUUCUUCGAAGGCAUUUGGACAUAGAAGCCUUGAUGGAAAUACCACGGAAAACAUAAACAACACUUUUACCAAAACCCUCCAGGGAGAUGCUCUGUGUUCACUCUCUGAGGCAAUGAUGCAAAACCUCCAAUCUGCCAUGAGACCUCCUGGCCUUCCUAAAUCAAAGAGUGCUGCCUGGGUCACGGAAGGGAUGUACGCCUUCUGCUAUCGAGUGAUGUUUGAAGCCGGAUAUCUAACACUGUUUGGCAAAGAUAUUUCAAAGACAGACACACAAAGAGCAUUUAUUCUAAACAACCUUGACAACUUCAAACAAUUUGACCAAGUAUUUCCGGCACUAGUGGCCGGCCUCCCUAUUUACUUGUUCAUGACAGCACAUAAAGCCCGGGAAAGGCUGGCUGAGGGCUUGAAGCAUAAGAACCUGUAUGUGAGGGACCAAGUCUCUGAGCUGAUCCGUCUACGCAUAUUUCUCAACGACACACUCUCCACCUUUGAUGAUAUGGAGAAGGCCAAGACGCACCUCGCUCUCCUCUGGGCAUCUCAAGCAAAUACCAUUCCUGCAGCCUUCUGGAGCUUAUUUCAAGUGAUCAGGAGUCCUGAAGCAAUGAAAGCAGCCUCUGAAGAAGUGAAUAGAGCAUUACAGAGUACUGGCCAAGAGCUCAGCUCUGGAGGGAAUGCCAUCUACUUGGAUCAAGAGCAACUGAACAACCUGCCAGUACUAGAUAGCAUCAUCAAGGAGGCUCUGCGACUUUCCAGUGCAUCCUUGAGUAUCCGGACAGCUAAGGAGGAUUUCACUCUACACCUUGAGGAUGGUUCCUAUAACAUUCGAAAAGAUGACAUCAUAGCUCUUUAUCCACAGCUAAUACACUUGGAUCCUGAAAUCUACCCAGACCCUUUGACUUUUAAAUAUGACCGGUACCUUGAUGAAAGUGGGCAAGCAAAGACCACCUUCUAUAAAAAUGGAAACAAGCUGAAGUAUUUCUACAUGCCCUUUGGAUCAGGAGCUACAAUGUGUCCUGGAAGACUAUUUGCUGUCCAAGAAAUCAAGGUGUUUUUGAUUCUGAUGCUCUCCACCUUCGACCUGGAGCUUGUAGAGAGCGAUGUCAAGUGUCCCCCUCUAGACCAGUCCCGGGUAGGCUUGGGAAUUUUGCCACCACUAAACGAUAUUGAGUUUAAGUAUAAACUGAAACACUGAUGUGUGGUUGGAAGAAGGGGACCCCAGAGGAUGCCACUUGGCUGCUGAGUCAUCAGUAAACAGGCCUUUGGAACAAAUGCUCACUGAUGCCCCCUAGUGGCUGGCUUAGUGAGGCGGCUUCUGUUCUCACUGCCCAAGUUCCUGGGUUUUUAUGUAGCCGGGGCCUGAGUUUCAUCACUUUCAGAGCAAUGUCUUUUGUUUUUAUUUUCAAAAUGAAGAUAUUCCAAUUGGUAGGAUUUUUUUUUCCUAAGGAAAUUGCUUUAUAUUUUUAUGAAGACUACUGAUUAAUUAUGAAAGGGUUUCAAAUUCACGUUUUAGUGAAAUUGCUAAUUUUUCACUAGUGAGGUUCUUCAGGUGUGAGCAUAUAUUAUAAAAUGUUUUAAUGGAUCACGUCAUACUUUGCAUAAAUGUAAAGGAAACUAUUAUUCAGCUUUUUCUAUGUCUGGUGGUGAGAGCUUGAAAAUGAUCUGUUCUAGAAACACUAGGGAAGUUUUGAUAUGCUCUCGCUAUGUUGUAAUUUAUUGUUGCUGGGGAUUUUCAUUCCAUUCUUGAACUACCUUGUCUUUCCUCCUUUUGACAUGCAUACCAAUGAGAAGAGUAUUUUUCAGAAAUUAAAAAGGCACCUCCCAGAGCCACACCCUGAGGCUUUGAAGCCUCCAACCCCAAGCCCUCACGAGGCAGAGCCAGGCAGAUCUCCAUGAGUCUGAGGUUACUCUAAUCUACGUCAGCUCCAGACAAGCCAGGACUACAGAAAGGGACCUUAUCU